AUGGCCACUUUCCACGUUGGCUGUCCGCUCACGCUGAGACCCAUAUGUCGAUGCUCUCUCGGCUCCGUCGGACCACUGGCUGCCUGCCACGUGGACGCGCAGACGGCUGUGUUUGCGUGGUCCCUGUGGGAGCGGGGGAAGCUCGGGGUGGCGGCGGGGACGAGGACGGGGGGAGAGGGGAGGACGGCGGAAGGGGAUGCGGAAGAGGAUGCUGCUGCCGUAACGGACGCUGCUGUGGCGAACGAUGUUGUAACGGAUGAUGCUGUAACGAGCGGGUUACUGUACGAUGGAAUGGUGGAGAUAGACGUUCCGCCAUUCGAGAGCGAGGAUGACUGGGACGGUUCUUCUUCCCCUCCUCUCCCUCAUCCCCAUCUUUCCGCUCAUCCCCAUCUUUCCCCUCAUCCCCAUCUUUCUCCCCUCAUCCCCAUCUUUCCCCUCAUCCCCAUCUUUCCCCUCAUCCCCAUCUCUCCCGUCGUCCCCUCCUCUCCCCUCAUUCCCACCUCUCCUCCCCUCGCCCCCAUCUCUUUCCUCAUUCCGACAUCUCCCCUCAUUCCUGCCUUUCUCCCCAUCCAGGUGGCGGGGUGA